AUGACUCCACGAGAUCACAUGAGAAAAAUGUCUAUCCUGGGGGAACAAGGAACACUAGAAGAAAAGCACUUAUACCGAUUAGCAAGUGGCAUGGCAGCAGGAGAACUGCGGCAGCGGCAAGAGAUGCUAAUGAGAAAUCAGUUGAUGGCAGUAAACCCUCAGCUAAUGGGUGCAGGCCAGCAGAGAAUGCAGGCGAUUCCCUCCCAGUUUGAGCCUCGACUGGUAGACAGAGAUCUGUUACCUUCAACUGAAAUGAUGGCAUCAGCUGACCCAAGACAAAUCCAUAUAGCAUCCCACCUUGGACCCGCAGUCCCACAGCACGCAAACAUGCCAAACAUAUUGUCCAACCGUGUUUACGCAGGCCCAGGAUAUAGCUUUCUGCAACCAGAAUCCAUGGAAGCUGUGGCCAGAAGACAGGAACUGGUUCAAAAGCAAAAUAUUGCCAGAAUGGAAAUGGAGAUGAGUGCUAUUUUUCAGCAAAAAGAAAUGGAGAAAGCUCAUCGGAAAGGGCUCCUGGGCCUGGAAGCGCCUUUCCUUUACCAUGGGAUGCCAGCUAGUCCCAUUGCAUUCCGUGGCAGGCACAGACUACCUGAAGGCCAUCUUCCCAGCGACUUAUAUGUUCAUCGUACCACCCUUGAUGAAAUUCAUGGCAACACUAUGCUCAUGGCAACCAGCCCAUACCCUCCAGUCAGCACUUUGCAAAGGGAGAGGGGACGUCGACCAGGGAGAAGAGCUGGAAAUCACAAAACUGCAGACUGUAGUGCCAAUGGCACAAAGAACCAAGCUGACGACAAAACUGCAGACCCUGCUGCAGCUGCAACAGAUGAUGAGAAAGAAGACAAGAAAGAAGCAGAGGUGGAGACACCAAACAAACAUGAACAAAGCAAAAACCAGACUGAGCCAUCUGCAGUUGCCAAAAACUGUAAAGAGUUUGAACAAGGCUUGAGAAAAAACUGUGUUACUCAUGAAAUUUCUACUGAAACCAACACCUGCAGCAACACAAAUGAGAAGGCAUCUAAUAGCUCCUGUACUGCUUUCGAUGACAAGUACAUGUACCCUUCUGCAAUCCCAUUCUCAGCGUUACCAUAUGGAUUUCCAGUACCCAGCAACCCAUUGCUACCUUCAGGAGCACAAGGCCUGAUCCUGAAUGGAGAAGACAUUUCUUCCAUUGAAGACAUUCGCAAGUGGACUGUUGAUGAUGUAUACAACUUCAUCAUUAGCCUCCCAGGCUGUUCAGAAUAUGCCCAGAUAUUUAAAGACCACGCUAUUGAUGGAGAAACCCUCCCACUGCUAACAGAGGAACAUCUCCUAGAUACAAUGGGAUUAAAACUCGGACCAGCAUUAAAAAUCCGCUCUCAGGUGUCCCGACGUCUGGGCAAUGUGUUCUACAUGAUGAAUCUUCCUCUGUCCAUGCCCCUGCCACCUGCUCCAGGCAAACCCUCAGAUCAGCCUUCUGACAUAGCCUCCCCUCUUCACUGCAAUAGCAGUGGCGAUACGCUGGACAGUCCCUGCUCUCAGGACCCAGAAACUUCAAAAGCAGUGGAACAGAUUGUUUCAGAAAGCAGGGAAAAUCCAUGUGACACAGCUGGAUCUCAGGCUGACUUCCAGAUGAUCACUUUUCAGAAAAGUUGA